GCGGAGCCCCGCGUAGAUUCCACAUUCGUAGAAGCGUGGAAGAAAUUAAUACCCAACACGGAACCACCUAAGACUCCUUCUGCAUUCAUGGACCCUAGGCCUGCAACUCCCUCAUCUAUUCCUUCAAAGCUCACCGUCAACUUUGUCCUUCCUUAUUCCUCUGAACUCUCCGGUAAAGAGGUUGACAUGGUUAUCAUCCCUGCAACUACAGGACAGAUGGGUGUUUUGCCUGGGCAUGUUGCAACAAUUGCAGAGCUGAAGCCCGGUCUCCUAUCAGUUCAUGAAGGCAAUGAUGUGACCAAGUACUUUGUGAGUGGUGGGUUUGCAUUUGUUCAUACGAAUUCUUUUGCAGAUAUAAUUGCUAUUGAAGCUGUACCACUUGACCAAAUCGACCCCAAUUUGGUUCAAAAGGGCCUCACAGAGUUCACGCAGAAGCUAAGCACUGCAUCAACUGAUGUAGAGAAAGCUGAGGCCCAGAUUGGAGUUGAUGUACACAGCGCCCUUAAUGCUGCUCUUACCGGUUAAGCUAGUGGACACAGUCUCCGUCUCUGAUCAAUUUUCUUUUCCUUCUGUAUCUGUUGGAAGCGGCAAACCCUUUAGGACAAACUGAUUGUGUUACCUGUUUUUAGUCCUGCAUCACUUUGAAUAAAUGCAGGGGACAAGCUUUCCUAACGUAUAUGUGGUUAGAUGUCAUAUCAUCCUUACCUCUGUACUGCAGUGAUGAGAAGUAUAUUGUUUCAAAGAAAUUUUUCAGUAGCAGCUGAAUUUCAUGCUACCUAAUGUUCAGACUGCA